AAUCGUGCAAUUUCUUCUCUCUCUCAUUUGUAGUAUUCGGGCAAAGAAGAAUAUGGGGGAAUUGGAAGAGAAUGGGGAAUUCUAUUUGAGGUACUAUGUUGGUCACAAAGGCAAAUUCGGACAUGAGUUCUUAGAAUUCGAGUUUCGUCCUGAUGGGAAACUCCGUUAUGCGAACAAUUCCAACUACAAAAACGAUACGAUGAUUCGUAAAGAGGUUUUCCUUACCCCUUCCGUUCUCAAAGAAUGCCGCCGUAUUGUUAACGAUAGCGAGAUUAUGAAGGAAGAUGAUAGCAAUUGGCCUGAACCAGAUAGAGUGGGGAGGCAGGAGCUUGAGAUUGUGAUGGGAAAUGAGCACAUAUCGUUUACUACAUCUAAGAUUGGUUCACUGAUGGAUGUGCAGACCAGCAAAGAUCCUGAGGGACUUCGUAUCUUCUAUUAUCUUGUUCAGGAUCUCAAGUGUUUUGUGUUCUCUCUCAUAUCGCUUCAUUUCAAGAUCAAACCCAUUUAAGUCAUGCUUUAGACGAGCUGACACUUCCCGACCUGUAGUUGGGUUCAUGUUUCUAAUGAGUUAAUGGUGUAUCCCAUGUCAGAAAAGUGAAUCUUUAUGGUGCCGUUUACUGAAUUGUCGGAGGAACAAUCUUCUUUAAACCUUAUUUUGUGAUGAAAGGUCCUGUAUCUCUCUUUCCACUUUGCCCUUUAUUUUCCAUCACAUUAUUCUACCUAGGCCAUUGUUUGUUUGUAAGUAACAAAGGGAGGCCCCGGGUUUGGUUGAUUUUCAUUUUGAUGGUCUCCGAGCCAAUUUGUGUGUA